AUGAGACUUCUCAGAAACAAGACCACUUACACUUUCUCUCCAUUUGACUUAUCUAGACUGCAAGCAUUGAGUAAGAGAGUGGUUGACAUAAAUAUUGAGGCAUUCACAAGUGAGUAUGGGAACAUCCUGUUCUUUAUGCAUUCUGGGAUUGAUGACCAAGCUGUUAACACGUUGCUGCAAUUCUAUGACCCUGAGAUAUGGUGCUUCACCUUACGAGAUUACCAGUUGGCUCCAACAUUUGAGGAGUAUUCUUCUCUUCUUAAAAUUCCUAUCAAAGAGGAGGUUCCGUUUGUGAGUGUUCCCGAAGAGCCAGAUUUUCAGUUGAUUGCAAAUACCCUUUAUUUGGGUAUAAGAGAAGUUAAGGAGCAUUGGAGUAUGGAGAAGAGUGGUGCUUAUGGUAUCCCUUUGAAGUUCUUGGCAGACAAAGCUGAUUACUAUGCUAAUAAUGGAAGUUGGGUGAUUUUUAUUAGACUGGUAGCUAUGAUGGUGUAUGGAGCUGUAUUAUUUCCCGAUGUGGAGAAUUUGAUUGGUCUAGCUGCUAUUUGUAUCUUUAUAGGAAGGAACCUUGUUCCCAUUAUUCUCGUCGACACUUAUUAUGCUAUUCACUCCCAACAUGGAAAGAGAGGUGCGGUGGUUUGUUGUCUACCUUUGCUUUACAAAUGGUUCUUGAUUCAUCUUCCUGUAAAAGGACCAUUCAUAGAAAUACGAGGUACUUUGAAAUGGUCCAAAAGGGUGAUGGAUUUGACUUCUUUUGACAUAACAUGGGCUAAUGUUAUGCAUGUUACUGAGAUGAUCACUAGCUGUGGGGAGUUCUACAACGUUCCUCUCAUGGGGACGAAAUGGUGUAUCAACUAUAAUCCUGUAUUGGCUAUCCAUCAGUUGGGAUUUGCUUUUAGAGAUGAGCCCAAAGCUUGA